UGUUGCGCGUCUGAAACCAAAACCACAUCAAAACUGACAUCAUUUCAUGAGCUCACGAAGGAAGCUGCUUUCAGCAUCAACAGAUGAGCUACUUCGUGCUCUCUUCCUUUCAGAGAGAGGAGAUUAUCUGUGGCAAUGCAUUCGUUUUUGUCUUCAUAUAACUCCGAUUAAAGUAUUGAUUUGACUAUUUGAAAAGAUGGAACAAAGUCUUUCUGAUAUACUCAGUGAUGCAUUUUCAGAGACAUCUGCUCCAUCAUUUCCUGACGACGAUUUGGACUUUGAGAAUCUAAAUUUUGAUGAAAAGCUUGAGGAAGAGAACUCUCAUGAAAACUUACCAACAAAGGAAGACAGGGCUCUGCACCAGGAAGCAACUGGUGAAGCUACAGUUUUGUCUACCAGGGAAACCAAAGAUAUAUACAAGCCUGAACAUGUUGAUAAAGAGCAGUCUGAUGACAAUGAUGAUGACGAGGAUUUUCAAGGUGUCGGGGUCAGUCUCAUGAGCGUGGAUGAAACUCCAGAGGAGGAUUACACAAGCUCAGAUGGAGAUUCAGAACAGGAAGGUUCUGUCUCCGGAGAAGAUGAGGAGGAUGGCGAUGAGGAGGAGGAUAUAGGCACAGGAGAGAAAGGAGAGGAUUUGUUGAUGUCAGUUCGCUGUGGUGACGAGUCCUGCUAUGGUUAUAAAGAGGACAGGAUCUUUGCUGAGGGACACCCUCUGUCCCCGGAGGGUGCUGAAAACCCUCAAGUUAGAAACGAGGAACAAGGUGAGAGCGAGAGCGAUGAGGAGGUGUCCUAUUUUGGGCGAAUCCCUGAACGUGGCAACGAGAUGAUGAUAAAAGGUGAUGGGGUUGAAGAGGAUGAGCAAGAAAGAGAAGAAGACAAGCAAGAGGACUCGUCUGAUUCUGAGUGUGAGGGCAUGAAAGUCGAAAAAGAAGAAAAUGUUCUUGCUCAGUGUUUUGAGCAGGAGGUUGAAAAUCCUUACAGAAGUGAGCCUGCCACAGCCACUUUGAAUUCUCCAGAAAUAUCAGUGCAAAGUCUGCAGGAUCCCAUAGCUGAAGUUGUUAGUGAGGAAUAUGUAGAGAAAAUGAAGGAUUUCUCAGGGGAGGAGCAUCAAGAGGCAGGUGAGAGCUUUGCAGAUUAUCCCUCAGACUUUUCUUCAUGUGAAUAUGUAGAUGGAGUCAAAAAUCAAGAAAGUAACACCCAGUCGAACACCUUGCCUCACACAUCCGACAGGGGUUCGAAUGCAAAGCAAAACCUCUGCCUGGAAGGAGAGGUGACGGAUGCAACAUGGAUGGGAAGAGAGGAGGACACUGAUGAUGAGGGAGAUGGGUAUCUAUUCAGCAGAGAUCUGGAGAUGGAUGAUGAAAGGUUCAGGAGUUUCGAUGUGGCAGCUGCAGAAGAAGACGGAGGAAAAUGUGAGAAUGUGUUGAGCGAUGCAGCUGUGACAGGGUGUGAUGAUGAAGGUGAGACAGGUGAGAGUGACUCCUACAGCUCCAGUGAUGACGAGGUCCAAGUGAGGAGGAGAGACGAGGGCCUCUUGGAUGAUAUAUGUCCACAAGAUCUCGACUACGAAAAGAGACUGGAGGACAGUCGGCUUUACAGCGCGAGCACUGCUGCAUUUUCCGAUUGGAGCAUCUCUGAUGAUCAUAACACCGAAAACAACAGAGCAGAUCCAGCAGAUCUCAGCAAAAGCUGGGAUUUAGACGUGUCAAAAAGUGCUUCCACUCUGUCUGAGGACCUGUUAACCACAGAAGGCACAGAUACAGCGGAAGCACCUCUUUCAUAUGUGAGUCAGCGUCCUGCAGAAGACGUCAACAGCUACUCAGUGGUGCAGAGAGAGGAGGGCAAAAACACAACCCCCUCUAACCAGGGCUCCGUGGAUGACAGCUUCUUCUUCAACACUGAAGACGGAGCCUCAAGGGUCACUGAGCUGGGGCAUCUGGGAGAUGACGAGUACGAAGAGGAGAGGAACUGGGAACAAGAGCAGGAGAGAAUCAAAGCUUUCUACAAGUUUUACAAUGAGAGCGAUGGGGAGAAUGAAAGAGAGAGGCAGAUAAAAGUUCAGUUUUGUACAGAUCCAUUGUCUCAAGUCAUUCACUAUGAAACUGACAGCAGUGACACAGAUUCACUCAGCAGCUUCGCAGACAGGGAGGAGGACCUUAGCUCUGCAGAAACACCUGAAGACCUGAGGGAGCCUGACGACACCCUGCUAAUCACACCAGAUUGUGAUCCCCCGAACACUCUGCCAGAGAGCGAGCCGGAGAGCGAGCCGGAGAGCGUGCCAGAGAGCGUGCCAGAGACUGAUCUCAGUAACACACAAAACUGUACCAGAAAACACAAGUGUCUCGGCAUUCUGAAGCAGAUAGUGAAGAUGGGUCUGGUGAUAGGGGCGGGUUUGCUGGUGUUCUGGAUGGGCACAGGCCAACCAGACUGGUUCACAUCCUUCUUCUAAGGCUACAUGUCUUUUUUUUUUUUUUUUUUGCCAUUAAAACAUGUUUAUAUGCUUACCAAUGUUGGAAGAAAAAUCCAAAAUGACAAUAUGGCUUUGUAAAAAUGCAGUUUAAAGUGCUAGAUUGAAAAUUGUGAACCAUUAUCUGUAAUAUGCAACACUGUGCUUAAUAAAGAUUUAUCUUUGUUUAAAAUGUUGAUGAUGUAUUUGU